CAUGGAGGGUGACUUGGGAGCCCCCAAUGCCAGCGUGCUGGGGGAGCGCUCGCUGCUGGUGGGGAGCAGCUGGGUGGCUGCUUUCCUGUGCUUCAUCAUCCUGCUGACCGCCGCAGGGAACUUCCUCCUCAUCCUCCUCAUCGUCACCCAGCGCUCCCUCCGCAACACCUCCAACUACUUUCUGGUGUCGCUCUUCAUGUCCGACCUGAUGGUGGGGCUGGUGGUGAUGCCCCCGGCCAUGCUCAACCAGCUCUAUGGGCGCUGGGUGCUGCGUGGUGACUUCUGCUCCCUCUGGUACUCCUUCGAUGUCAUGUGCUGCAGCGCCUCCAUCCUCAACCUCUGCAUCAUCAGCCUGGACCGGUACCUGCUCAUCAUCUCCCCGCUCAAGUACAAGCUGCGGAUGACCUCCUGCAGGGCCCUCUGGCUCAUCCUGGCUACCUGGACCUUGGCCGCGCUGGCCUCCUUCCUGCCCAUCAAGAUGGGGUGGCACGAGCUGGACUUCGAGGUCCGGACCCCAAACGUCACCUCCAGCGGGGACGAGGACCAGUGCCGGCUGCUGGUCAGCUUGCCCUACGCCCUGGUGGCCUCCUGCCUGACCUUCUUCCUCCCCUCCACCGCCAUCUCCUUCACCUACUGCCGCAUCCUCCUGGCAGCCCGCAAGCAGGCGGUGCAGGUGGCCUCCCUCGCCUCCAACGUGGCCACUGCCACUGCUGAGGAGGCCACAGCACAGGCUCCCCGUGCCCCGAGCCAGCCCACGGCCAGCAGUGAGAGCAGGAGGUUCCCCAACAAGCACAGCAAGAAGGCGCUGAAGGCCAGCCUGACGCUGGGCAUCCUCCUGGGCAUGUUCUUCGUGGCCUGGCUGCCCUUCUUCAUCACCAACAUGACACAGGCAGUGUGUGGCUGUGUCCCCGCCGGCUUCUUCGACGUCCUCACCUGGCUCGGGUACUGCAACAGCACCAUGAACCCCAUCAUCUACCCGCUCUUCAUGAGGGACUUCAAGAGGGCCAUGGGCAAGUACCUGCCGUGCUGCCGGCGCUCCGGGGAGCCGCGGCCCAGCGCCAUCUCCUUGUCCAUGAGGAAUUCCAACAGCGGGGCCCGCGCUGCCACAUCCCUCAGGAACGUGCUCACGCUGCAGGCUGAGACCGACUCGGGGGUGCUGGGGCAUGAGCACACCCUGCUCCCGGCCCCCAUGGGCAGCCUCAGUGUGCAGCCCCCCGACACGGAGCUGCAGCCCCGGCAGCUCAGCACCCCCGUGGCCUGAG